AUGGGCGCCAACACGUCAAAGCAGGACGCCCGGGCCGCCUACGAGUGGAAGUCCGCGAGCCCUCCGAGCCUCUCCCUCGACGUGCUCGAAUCGCUGCAGUCGAGCCCCGAGGUGCCGUCGCCCGCCGGCUCGCAGCCUCCCCUCCGUCCCUCGGCCGUGCCGUCGCUGACCCCUUCUCCGCAGACCGACGCCUCCCGCGCCCGGCUCGUCGAGCGCCACGUCCAGGCCCGCGUCGCCGAGGAGCUUGAGAAGCUGCAGAGGCGCGAGUCCGAGGCCCUCGGCGUCGCCCACGACAAGAUUGCCUCCCGCGCCGCCGCCGAAGCCCGGCAGGAUGGGCCGAGCCGCGCGAGCGUCGGCAGGGAGGUCGACGAGCUGCGGCGGAAGCUCGAGGAACGCAAGACGGUCCGCGCCCUGCCCGACGCCGUCGAGGACGCCCGCGGUGCCGUCGUUCGCUGCCUCCGGGAAAACGACCGUCGGCCGCUCGACUGCUGGCAGGAGGUGGAGAGCUUCAAGGCCGAGGUCAAGAAGCUCGAAAGGAGCUGGGUGGACAGGGUGGCGUCCUGA